AUGUGGACCACUUCGUAUAAAGUCCCACAAAUUAUUGCCAUCCUGGCUGUGGCAGGAACUAUCUUGGGAAUGGAUAUAUCUUCGUUGUCGAUUUUUCUGGGAACAGAUUAUUUCAAUCGAUAUUUCGAAAAGCCAGGACCGGUCGCGCAGGGAAUGAUGACCGGAGCCAAUCCGGUGGGAGGUUUAAUUGGGUGCGUGUUUUUCGGUAUAUUGACAGAAAAGGUUGGCCGUGUGACUACUUUUCAGGCGGUGGCGCUGGUUUGGAUUUUGGGGUCGGUAAUUUCGGCUCUUGUUUUGAACGUUGCCAUGCUUAUUGCUGGCCGACUAGUGCGCGGAGUGGCCGUUGGCACAUUGUCUGUUUUGUUACCAGUUUACAUUGGUGAGGUAAUUCCCUCUGAAAAAAAGGGCACUGCUACCUCGAUCGUCCAAUUGGCAUUAAAUUUGGCAAUUUUGGGAACAUUUUUCACCUGUUUCCUUCUGAAUAUCUUGGAAAGCCAUGUCUCGUUCCGGGUUGCCUGGGGUUUGGAAUUAAUCCCAGCACUGGCGUUCCUUUUACUCAGUUUCUCGCUAACAGAGUCUCCAAAAUGGCUGGUUUCGCAAGGCGAAUACGAUCGUGCUCAGGCUGUUUUCCAAAAAUUUAGUAAGGAUAAAAUCAGUGACGAGGGCCUCACCAAGAUUGACAUAUUGGAAAUGUACGGAGGGAACCAGAGAACUUCGUACUGUGAUCUUUUUUCGAAGCCUCUCCUUAAGUAUACCGCUGUGGGCAUUACGGUGCAGAUCCUUGUGCAAACUUGUGGAAUCAACAUUCUGAUGUUUUACAUCGUUUACAUUUGCGAAAUGAUCGGUCUUCGCGGUGCUAGCAAAUUGAGUGCAGCUUCAAUUCCUUACCUCAUAAAUGUGGUAUUUACCUGCAUCCCAAUUUUGACUUUGGACCGUCUCAGACGGAAGUUAGUGAUCGUAUAUGGUGGCAUUUCGCUUGGUUGCACUAUGGGUUUGAUUGGUAUUCUAAUGGGGAGUUUAGGACACGAGGUUCCUCCGAUCAAUGGCAACGGAACUGUAGUAUGGGAAAUAACGGGAACAUCAGGGCUCAUAGUUUUGGCCCUAUGUUUCUUGUUUGUUGCAAUAUUUGCAUCAACACUGUCAUGUUGCGCCUGGCUUUAUACCAAUGAGGUCUUGCCCGCUAAAGCAAAAUCGAAGGGAAUGGCUUUGUGCAUGGCUACGAGCUGGUUUUUGAAUUCGUGUUUAACUUUCACAGCACCUCUACUUUUGAGUGAAAUAAAAUGGGUAACUUUUGUUUUAUUGGGAGCCAUGACUCUUAUCCUCUCAGCAAUAAUUGCAGUGUGGUUUCCAGAGACAAGGGCCGUUGUUGAGCCCAAUUCUCCAAAUCAAGAGCCUUUUUCCGACAAAAAAGGCGAUGAAAGUCUGAGUGGUGAAGCUAACUUCAGAUCGUCAGCACCAUCUCCAUUUCUUUGUGAAACGAAUAAAAUCGAACUCAUAAACGAGCGGAAUUGA